AUGGGAGACUCAUUGGAGCAAUGGCGUGCUGCUAUCGGCUGCUAUCGGUUUUCUCAUUCCAAACCGUCUACCGAGAAUACUCGAAUCCAUUCUUUAAAGAGAUCACCCAAACGGCCGAAUACUUCAUCAGUGGAGAGCAACAUAAGGACCACCAAAGGGCUGAGAGUGUUUCCCCUGCUGUUGGUUAUUGUAACUUUGCUACUAAUCAUAGGAGGGGUUCAGCUCAACCCUGGACCUAAAGACACGAAAAUUCCAUUUGAGAUUCUACCGAGUAGCGAGCACUUGACCUUAGACCACCCACUUGAUUCAGUAUUGGAGAGGCACGGUUUGGCAAUCGUUGAGAAUAGUGGAAUGGGUGAUUGUCUCUUCGAAGCUCUUAGCGAUCAGUUGAAACGCCUAACAUCAGCUCAAGUGUCUGCAAAUGAUCUGCGACGAUUACUAUUGGAAUGCAUUCAAGUACAUCCAAUCUUGCCCAAUGGUGAACAUGUUAUGACUCUUUUUGAUUCGGGAGAUAAUAAAGAGUGGCGGCAAUUUGCAGCAACCUUUGACUCAAAUGAAGAUCUCCAUACUCGACAAUUGUCCUGGUAUACCAAUGAAUAUAUGGUGAGACCGGGUGUAUGGGGGGAUAAUGUUAUGCUGUAUGCCUUUGCCAAACUGUAUGGUAUAGAUGUCGCUAUAUACUCUGCUAGAACUGAUGAGCCCUACAAAAUUGCAGCUGAUGACGAACCUGGAAAUCAACAGAGAAUGACAGCAAAACUGGGAUAUGUCACACAUUUGCAUUUUGCAAGCCUUGUUGACAUAACAGAUGUCAAUGAUGGUGAGAUCGGUUGGCGUGUUAUGUCUGAUAGACUCGGAGACUUGUUUCUGCAGUUACUGAAUUCAGAGGUUGUUGAAGACAGAGAAGCAACAGUAGGUCUGUUGAGCCAGAUGGUUGACAGUUUCUUUGAAGCUAAGGAUAAGGAUAUAAAAUGGCCCGAUGGUCUUUCUCAACUGGUCUAUCAGCUUGUAAAACGUGAACUUGAACGAGCAACCGGAGUGGUCCCUGGCUUUCUCAAGCACACUGAUAAUAGCAGACAUGCUUUCGAUGAAGAUUCAACGGAACAGCUGAGUGAUGAACGUAAAUUUAAGAUAAUGAUGUUAGCUUUAGAUAAGCCUGACAUUCUUGAUAACGUGUUUAGUCUGUUAAGAAAUAUAAAGAGAUUCCUAAAUUUACCACCCCCGUCGUCCAACAAAGAGCUAGAUGAUAGAGCACAAUUUAUAAGCAAAAUCGUAGACAACUCAAUAAAAAAUAAACAUUAUAUACCAGAUGGACUUAUUGAAGAAGUGGUCAAAUUGACAAGCCAUGAACUAGAGGCGCUGAGUGUCAUCUAUAGACAAAAUAUGAAGGCCAAUGGAGCCGCUCAUAUUCGAGAUAACCUCAACGAGAAGAAAGAUGCUUCAAGUGAAUCACGUAAACUGAAUUUUACUGAUAUUUUUUUAUUUAUUUAA